CCUAAAUUAUUAUACCAAACAUAGCACAAUAGAUCUAUGUUGAAUUAGUCCACCCUAAUUAAUAUUGGAUUAGUUACAAACAAAACAAUAACACUAUUAUCUUCAUGUCUUGCAUCAAAAAUAUGUGUUAAUUCAUCAUACCCUCCUUAUUUUGUCAUCUCUUUUGUUACUUUGUUACUUGUUCUUGUUCUUUAAUAUCAUAUUAAAUUCUUUUUUUUUUAUAUUAUCAAACAAUUUUCUAUUGUUCAUACAUCUCUAUAAUUUUUAGAUAAACAUUUCAAGCUUAGGCUUAUUGAUGGAAGUAAGACUAGCCAUAACAGCAACAAAAUGAGCAGACAAUCUUUCUUUGAAUUCAGAAAACAAGCUUCUUUUUACAUCAAGGAGAAGAUUAAAACUGUUAGAUUGGUUCUUACUGAUGUCUCUCCAGCUCAACUGAUGACAGAAGAAGCCACGAAUUCGAAUCCAUGGUCACCGGAUACUCGAACCCUUGGAUUAAUAUCAAGGGCUGCUUUUGAAGUUGAUGAUUAUUGGAGAAUUGUUGAAAUUUUGCAUAAUAAAUUAUCAAAAUUUGACAAAAAGAAUUGGAGAGAAUCAUACAAUGCUUUGAUGGUAUUAGAACACUUGCUGACUCAUGGACCAGAAAGUUUUGCAGAGGAGUUUCAGACAGAUAAAUCAAUCAUCAGUAAUAUGGAAAAUUUCCUGCUUGUAGAUGAAAGAGGAUUUAACUGGGGUCUAGUUGUGAGAAAAAAAUCAGAAAGAGUCCUAAUGUUACUUGAAAAGGGGAGUUUACUCAAAGAAGAAAGGGAGAAUGCAAGAAAGUUAACAAGAGAAAUUAAAGGAUUUGGCAGUUUUUCUAAUAAAACAACUUCUCAGCAUACAGAAUCUACAUUUGGUAGAAGCCAUUCCCAGUUCAAUGAACAUGGAAAUGAACACAAUUUUGAUAAAAAAAUCAGUUUCGAUCAGCCUCGAUUAAUCAUCCUAGGCAAGGAUAAUGUAAAUGAUGAAAAACCAAGAAUUGUGAAGAGAAUUCUGAAGGAAAAUAAAGCACCAAAAAAUGAUAUUUGGAAAGGAGAUCUACAUGUUUGGAAAAUUAAUUUAGAGGAGAAAAAUUCACUUUUAGAUGAACAAAAUGGUGGAUUGUUGAUUGAAGAUGAUGAGCAUCCUUUUAAUGAUAAUGUGGAACACAGCAGAAUGUCAUUGUUGGCUGCUGCAAAACAUGAUUAAGGGAACAUUAAUCUGUUAUAAAAUGCAUUACUAGCUUACAGGUUUUGUUUUGCUUGUAUAUUACAAGUAGUUUUAGUGGAGUAUUAUAUACUUCUACAUAAAACUUGUUGUGUUGUGUAAGAUCUUAAUCUUUGGAUAGGAUCACUUAUCAUAUAUGACACAAUACAACGUUAGUAGAAUUUUUUUGAUUAAAUGUAUAUGAAAUUGUCCUUGUAAUAAUAAAGAAUUUGUUUACGAUUAACAUAAACUUUCAUAGAAUGGGGUUUUAAAGCAUAGCGUAUGAAAAUCAGAAAAUGUUGUAUAUCGUCAAAAAAAGAGUAAUGAACUUUGUAAAACUUUCGGUUGGA